UGAAACACGAUUUUUGGUUACAAAUGUGCGAUGUGAAUGUCACCAAUUUCAAUAAACACAUUUUUCAAUCAGAACUAUUUCCUAUUGACAUGUCAAAUAUCGACAUAGUCGUGAAGCAGGGUAACAAUGAUCUAUAUGGUUUGCUGAGUUGUUCACCUAUCGUGAACAUGUGGCUUAUGACGUCUGACGAUGCUGCAUUAGCAUCAGAUAUUUUACCCGCAUUCAGUAAAUUAAAAAUUCUUUAUUUAUAUGGAACUUAUACAAGCUAUUUUGCCAUCCAGCUGCCAGCAUCGUUACACUGUAUCAGUCUUCAGACUGGUGAAUGCACAUCUAAGUGGCUGUGCAGCUUGUUGAUCAAUCUUUCUGCAUUAGGUCAUCUUGUAAAGUGUGAGCUGUGGAACUUUGUACUGCAAUCACAUGAAGAAGAUUGUGACGCUGAUUCGAAUAUACAUGAAUGUGACCUGCGUUCUAAACUAUUGGCAUGUGAUAUGUCUAAUAUUGAGAUAUUAGUAGACAGUGGCAGCAAGGAAAUAUUUGAAAUAUUUCGUGACACAAGUAUAGGGAUCCUAGGCUUGAGAACUGCUGAUUGUGUUUCACUUACAUCAGACAUUCUUCCCACACUCAUUAAAUUAGAAGAGCUUUAUUUAUGGGGGACCUUUAUGGGUCGAUGUGAUCUCAAGAUGCCUUCAUCAUUGAAACGUAUCAGUCUUAGGGCAGGCAAAUGCUCCUCUAAGUGGCUGUGCAGCUUGUUAAUCAAGCUUUGUGCAUUAGGUCAUCUUGUAAAGUGUAAGCUGUGGAGCUUUGUACUGCAAUCACAUGAAGAAGAUUGCGACGCUGAUUCGAAUAUACAUGAAUGUGACCUGCGUUCUAAACUAUUGGCAUGUGAUAUGUCUAAUAUUGAGAUAUUAGUAAAAAAUGGCAGCAAAGAACUAUUUGAAAUAUUUCGUGACACAGGUAUAGGGAUCCUAGACUUGAGAACUGCUGAUUGUGUUUCACUAGCAUCACAAAUUCUGCCCACACUCAGUAAAUUAAAAAAACUUCUAUUAUGGGGGACCUUUAUGGGUCGAUGUGAUCUCCAGAUGCCUUCAUCUCUGAACUGUAUCAGUCUUCAGACAGGCGAAUGCUCAUCUGAGUGGCUGUGCAGCUUGUUGAUCAAGCUUUCUGCAUUAGGUCAUCUUGUAAAGUGUGAGCUGUGGAACUUUGUACUGCAAUCACAUGAAGAAGAUUGCGACGCUGAUUCGAAUAUACAUGAAUGUGACCUGCGUUCUAAACUAUUGGCAUGUGAUAUGUCUAAUAUUGAGAUAUUAGUAAAAAAUGGCAGCAAAGAACUAUUUGAAAUAUUUCGUGACACAGGUAUAGGGAUCCUAGACUUGGGAACUGCUGAUUGUGUUUCACUAGCAUCACAAAUUCUGCCCACACUCAGUAAAUUAAAAAAACUUCUAUUAUGGGGGACCUUUAUGGGUCGAUGUGAUCUCCAGAUGCCUUCAUCUCUGAACUGUAUCAGUCUUCAGACAGGCGAAUGCUCAUCUGAGUGGCUGUGCAGCUUGUUGAUCAAGCUUUCUGCAUUAGGUCAUCUUGUAAAGUGUGAGCUGUGGAACUUUGUACUGCAAUCACAUGAAGAAGAUUCCGACGCUGAUUCGAAUAUACAUGAAUGUGACCUGCGUUCUAAACUAUUGGCAUGUGAUAUGUCUAAUAUUGAGAUAUUAGUAGACAGUGGCAGCAAUGAACUAUUUGAAAUAUUUCGUGACACAAGUAUAGGGAUCCUAGACUUGAGAUCUGCUUAUUGUGUUUCACUUACAUCAGACAUUCUUCCCACACUCAUUAAAUUAAAGAUGCUUUAUUUAUGUGGGACCUUUAUGGGUUGAUGUGAUCUCCAGAUGCCUUCAUCAUUGAACUGGAUCAGUCUUAAGACAGGCGAAUGCUCAUCUGAGUGGCUGUGCUGCUUGUUGAUCAAGCUUUGUGCAUUAGAUCAUCAUGCAGUUUGUCAUCUGUCGAAAUUUGUAGUACAAUCUCGUGGAGAGGAUUUGGGCGCUGACCCCAAAAGACAUGCAUCUCACUGGCAAUCUAAACUAUUGAAAUAUGACAUGUCUAAUGUUCAUAUAUUAGUAAAACAUGGCAGCAAGGAACUGUUUGAAAUAUUUCGUGACACAAGUAUAGGGAUCCUAGGCUUGAGAACUGCUGAUUGUGUUUCACUUACAUCAGACAUUCUUCCCACACUCAUUAAAUUAGAAAAGCUUUAUUUAUGGGGGACCUUUAUGUGUCGAUGUGAUCCACAGAUGCCUUCAUCAUUGAACUGUGUCAGUCUUCAGACAGGCGAAUGCACAUCUGAGUGGCUGUGCAAAUUGUUGAUCAAUCUUUCUGCAUUAGGUCAUCUUGUAAAAUGUGAGCUGUUGAACUUUGCAGUGCAAACACGGGGAGAAGACAGCGGUGCUGAUUUAGAUAAACAUGGAUCUCACAUAAGAUCUAAACUAUUGUCAUGUGACUUGUCUAAUUUUGAAAUAUUAGUAAAACAUGGCAGCAAGGAACUGUUUGAAAUAUUUCGUGACACAAGUAUAGGGAUCCUAGAUUUGAGAACUGCUGAUUGUGUUUCACUAGCAUCAGAAAUUCUGCCCACACUCAGUAAAUUAAAAAAGCUUCUAUUAUGGGGGAUCUUUGUGAGCCAAUGUGAUCUUCAGCUGCCAGCAUCGUUAGACUGUAUCAGUUUUCAGACAGGUGAAUGUUCCUCUGAGUGGCUGUGCAGCUUAUUGAUCAAGCUUUCUGCAUUUGGUCAUCUUGUAAACUGUGAGCUGUGGAACUUUGUAGUGCAAUCAUAUGAAGAAGAAUGUGACGCUGAUUCAUAUAUACAUGGUUCUGACCUGCGUUCUAAACUAUUGGCAUGUGAUAUGUCUAAUAUUGAGAUAUUAGUAGACAGUGGCAGCAAGGAACUAUUUGAAAUAUUUCGUGACACAGGUAUAGGGAUCCUAGACUUGAGAACUGCUGAUUGUGUUUCACUUACAUCAGACAUUCUUCCCACACUCAUUAAAUUAGAAAAGCUUUAUUUAUGGGGGACCUUUAUGGGUCGAUGUGAUCUCCAGAUGCCUUCAUCAUUGAACUGUGUCAGUCUUCAGACAGGCGAAUGCACAUCUGAGUGGCUGUGCAGCUUGUUGAUCAAUCUUUCUGCAUUAGGUCAUCUUGUAAAGUGUGAGCUGUGGAACUUUGUAGUACAAUCGCGUCGAGAAGUUUCCGACGCUGAUUCAAAUAAACAUGGUUCUGACCUGCGAUCUAAACUAUUGGCAUGUGAUAUGUCUAAUAUUGAGAUAUUAGUAGACAGUGGCAGCAAGGAACUGUUUGAAAUAUUUCGUGACACAAGUAUAGGGAUACUAAACUUGAGAACUGCUGAUUGUGUUUCACUAGCAUCAGAAAUUCUUCCCACACUCAGUAAAUUAAAAAAGCUUCUAUUAUGGGGGAUCUUUGUGAGCCAAUGUGAUCUUCAGCUGCCAGCAUCGUUAGACUGUAUCAGUUUUCAGACAGGUGAAUGUUCCUCUGAGUGGCUGUGCAGCUUAUUGAUCAAGCUUUCUGCAUUUGGUCAUCUUGUAAACUGUGAGCUGUGGAACUUUGUAGUGCAAUCAUAUGAAGAAGAAUGUGACGCUGAUUCAUAUAUACAUGGUUCUGACCUGCGUUCUAAACUAUUGGCAUGUGAUAUGUCUAAUAUUGAGAUAUUAGUAGACAGUGGCAGCAAGGAACUAUUUGAAAUAUUUCGUGACACAGGUAUAGGGAUCCUAGACUUGAGAACUGCUGAUUGUGUUUCACUUACAUCAGACAUUCUUCCCACACUCAUUAAAUUAGAAAAGCUUUAUUUAUGGGGGACCUUUAUGGGUCGAUGUGAUCUCCAGAUGCCUUCAUCAUUGAACUGUGUCAGUCUUCAGACAGGCGAAUGCACAUCUGAGUGGCUGUGCAGCUUGUUGAUCAAUCUUUCUGCAUUAGGUCAUCUUGUAAAGUGUGAGCUGUGGAACUUUGUAGUACAAUCGCGUCGAGAAGUUUCCGACGCUGAUUCAAAUAAACAUGGUUCUGACCUGCGAUCUAAACUAUUGGCAUGUGAUAUGUCUAAUAUUGAGAUAUUAGUAGACAGUGGCGGCAAGGAACUAUUUGAAAUAAUUCGGGACACAAGUAUAGGGACCCUGGACUUGAUAACGGCUGAUUGUGCAUCACAAACCUCAGACAUUCUUCCCACACUCAGUAAAUUAGAAAAGCUUCUAUUAUGGGGGACGUAUAUGGGUCGAUGUGAUCUCCAGCUUCCUGUAUCGUUACACUGUAUCAGUCUUCAGACAGGCGAAUGCUCCGCUGAGUGGCUGUGUGGGUUGUUGAUCAAGCUUUCUGCAUUAGAUCAUCCAGUAGAGUGUAAGCUGUUGGACUUUGUAGUGCACUCACGAGAGGAAGAUUGCGGCACUGAUUCAAAUAAACAUGUUAUCGACUUACUGUCUAAAUUAUUGUCAUGUGACAUGCAUAAAAUCGUGAUUUCAGUAAAAACUGGCAGCGAGGAACUGUUUGAAAUAUUGUGUGGCACAAAUAUAAGAAUCCGGAUCCUGCCAACGGUGGAAAAUGAUUUUUAUUAUUAGAAAUUCGUCGCAUACUCAAUAGAAAAAAUAUUUUAAAAAAUACGAAAGUACAAAAGUUCCCAAUAACAGAUUAAAAUAACUUAUUUAAUGAGUCAUUAAAUAAGUUAUGUUAUCUGUUAUUGGUUACUUUUGUACUUUAGUAUUUUUUUUUCAAUUAAAAAUUUAUAUGACAAGUUACAUUUUAACGACGAUAGUCAGAUAUAACGGUUCUGAUUUCGACCUCGUUUAAUAGAUGUGCCAAUGACGGAAAAUACGGAUACGGUAUACUUGGGUGUGCGCAAAAAUCCAUUACAAAAUCUAAUACAAUCACUUAAACAAACUGUUAAAAGUUUUUUUUAAAUGCUUAAGUGAUUUAUUGAUGAUUUUAUCAAUGCAUAUGAAGGACCCAAUGAUACGAAUUUUCAUAUAUUUUAGUGUUUUAUCUAUUUAGAUAUUGAUGUUAGUGGCAUGAUAGCAACACAAGACGUUUUAGUAGUGGUUUCGUAUUUCAGAUUUAUUCAUUUUGUGAUGUGUGCAAUGUUUAUGCUAGAAAUUAAUCAGGUAUGGGAAGAUUCUACUUUUUUUACCUGUAUAUCGACGCAAAAAACGGAUCAUGAUUUUUGUAUUACGGUUUCCAAACAUUUGAUUUCAAUCGAUCGUAAUGAAACUACAGAAGCAUUAGCUACUCAAAACGGCAUUGUUGUUUUGCGUGGAAUAAUUUUAGUGCAUUUUGGUGAAUCGUUAUGCUGUUAAACAUCUGACCUUUAAAGGAAUCGACAAACUUUAAUGUUUAAAUUCGCUAUAUGAAUAAUGCAUUGUACAAACGGUUAUCAUAUAACUAUUAAAAACAGUAAGUUUAAUGGUACAGUGGUAAUUAACUUUAUAUACAGCAUAAGUUUAUAACAACGUCAUGUAUUCUAUUAUGCGAUCGGUGUUUGUUUUCCCAUAAAUGGUUAAUUUUAGUUUUUGUUUAACGUCUAUUUAUUAAAAACGUGUUCUUUUUAUAUCGUCCUGUAAGUCCAUAACGUUAUUUCAUGAGUUCGUCUAUUAAGAGUUAUUUUCGUUAACUAUGUCAGCCAUGGCUUGAAAUGCUUACAUGCAAUAUGAAUGGCGUGAAAGGACAAAAAUUGUAAAGUAUUGAGUUUUCUGUGUGUUUUUGUACUUCAUUGCAUUAUAAAACAAUGCCAUGUAUAUUCCAAAGUAUUGAUAACAUAUGCGUUAAAAUUAAAGAAAUUGUGUUCAUUAUUAUUCGUUGUAUUGCCUUUGUGAAAUCAUUUCUUUUAAGUUUGAACAGACUAGUGUUUAUUAUAAUUCAUAGUAUGCAUGUUUUUGUUAUAAAUAAUGAGAUCAAAAUGUUCUAGUAUAGCGAGGGACUUGUUUAUGUUGAAAUUAAAAUACCAUGUUUAAGCUUAUGUUUGUGUUGUAUCAUGAAACAUUGCUGAUGUAACAUAUUAAAAUUUAUAACAUUUUUGAAUACGCGUUUAUUCGUUCAUAACAUGUUGGCAUAUAAAUGUGCAAGAACGCAUGUACGUGCGUUAUGUUCGAAUUAUUUUUUGGUGAAUAAUUUUAAACACAGUAUUUAUGAUUGAUGUAUUUACAAAAACAAUUGUUGUAGAAGUAAUUUUAAGUUUUGCAUUCAAAACAUAUGUUUUAUUUACUAUUCUUUAUUUAUUUAAUCUAGCAAUAACUGAUUAUCAUAGAAUGUGUACCAUAAAUUGUAUUGAAUUACGAUAGAGGUAAAAUAUG